AUGGAGCGGGGAUUCUUGAUACUGGUUGGACUUACAUUUCUCUCGAGCGCAGGUUUCUCGCUAUCCACCUCUCAUCCCCUGUUGCUUCCCAGUGUGAGCAAGAGUAACAGCACAGGGCUGAGAUUUCUGGGGCUCUCAGCGAGAGUCAGCAAAGAAACCAGCACAGAACCCGGAAGGCUGAAUUCAGCUACCAGCUCCAAACUGGACAACAUGGCUGACCUGGGGGAGGUCCAUCACAGAGCCAAACGCUGUACUUGCUACACCUACAAAGAUAAAGAGUGUGUUUACUACUGCCACCUGGAUAUCAUCUGGAUCAACACCCCAGAGAAAAUUGUUCCAUAUGGGUUGGCUAAUUACAGGGGAAAUUUCCGUGUCAAAAGGUCUACAGAACAGCUCCACAAGAGCUUGCAUUCAUCAGAAAGAUCUCCAUCACGUUGUUCUUGCACAGAUCGACGUGACAAGUUGUGCCUGCAGUUUUGCACAUGGAGUGUCCAAUGCAAUCUGAAGCAAACCAAUCACCCAGCAGAAAGAACUCUCCUUCAAGAAGAAAAGCGUGCUCAUACCCAGUAACUUGGAAAAAAUCAUCUGGUUUGAACUGGAGAGGUAAGACAUUGAGAACACUACCUAAGAUAUGG